AUGGGCUUACACACCUUACGGAAGUCCUUGGCCAUCAUUCCCCAGGACCCGGUGGGCUUCACGGGCACCGUCCGCUUCAACUUGGAUCCCUUCGACCAGCAUAGCGAUCAAGCCAUUUGGGAAGAGCUGGAGAAGGUGCAAUUGAAGUCCUAUUUUCAAGCGCAAGAAGGUCAACUUCAAUUCCUGCUCGCGCAAGGCGGUGAGAACUUGUCGGUGGGUCAACGGCAACUCUUGUGUUGUGCCCGUGCUUUGAUCCGUGGCACUCGGAUCUUGGUCUUGGAUGAAGCGACGGCCUCGGUGGAUUUUACGACUGAUGCAUUGAUCCAGAAGAUUUUACAGAAAGAAGUGAAGACCAAGCACCUCACCACGCUCACCAUCGCCCACCGCAUUCAAACGGUGCUGGGCGGCGAUCGCGUCCUCGUGGUGCAAGAGGGUCGGGCGGCGGAGUUUGGAGCGACCGAGGUCCUACGCCAGGAUCCGCAGUCGAUGUUCUACACCUUCGUCCAAUCGGCCACUGCCAGUGGGCAGCUUUGA